AUGCCCUUCUUCAACAGCUCGAUCGAUUCCACUCGUCUCUUCUAUCGGGACUAUGUCCCCGAUGGAAAGGGUUUCAAAAUGCAGGCCGGCAGGGCUUCCAAAUUGACCCUUGUUUUCCUCCAUGGCUGGCCCAUGUCGUCAAAAAUGUUUGAGCACCUGAUUGUACCCCUUUGCGAAACCUACCAGUUUCGAUGCAUUGCACCUGAUCGUCGAGGUUUCGGUUCCAGCGAUUGGACAGACGCCUCGAAGGGUAAAACGACGGACUGGAGCACAUUUGCUGGAGAUGUGGCGCAACUCCUCGAGACACUCGCGGUCGGCGAUUUCGUCUUUGUCGCGGCUAGUAUGGGUUGCACAGAGAGUGUCCUAGCAUACCACUCCAGUCAAUACAUCUCCCAGCACUGCAAGGGUUUCGUCUGGAUCGGCCUCGCCAUGCCGUUUCCUCUUCAAACCCCCGAACACCCUUUGUCUCCAACUCAGGAGUUGUGGGACUCGAUUCUACAGGGCUUGAGAGAUAAUCGUCCGGCAUUUGUCACCGAAUCAUUGCCCGGGGUUUUCGCCAUGCACGCAGGGAACCAGGUGCACCCUAAGACACUCGAGUACUAUGAGCAGAUUGUAUCAGAGGCCCAUGGUGUUGCCAUCGAAAAGACGGUUGCAAUCUUCACACAAGCCUCCGACAAGCAGUUAACUAAGCUCGCAGAAUCUGCCGAGAUGAUCCCUAUCCUAGCGCUACACGGCGACUCGGACCAAGGCAUGCCCCUUGAAGCCGGCGCCACUAUUGUCAAGGAAAUGCUUCCUUGGGCGGACUUGAGAGUGUACAAAAAUGCGGGCCACGGUUUAUACUUAACUCACGCCCAACAAGUAAUCGACGAUCUGGUCAAAUUCGUUGACGGCAUUUGA